AUGUCUCAAAAAUCUCAACAAAUCGACCUAACCACCCUCACCACCCCACAAUUAACCCAAGUCAAAAAACAACUAGACGACGAACUCGAACAUCUCACUUCUUCCUUUCAACAAUUGCGCGCUGCGCAGAAUAAGUUUCGUGAGUGUUUGAGGUGUAUUGGGGUUGGAGUUGGGAAGGAGGUUGAAGGCAAACUAAUCCUCGUACCCCUCACAACAUCCCUCUACGUACCCGGUCAAUUAGCCGAUACCGAGAAUGUAAUUGUAGAUGUUGGAACUGGAUUUUAUGUUGAGAAGAGUACCAAAGAUGCAACAAAGUUUUAUGAAGCAAAGGUUGAGGAAAUUGGAUCCAACUUGAAGGAUUUGGAAAUCAUAGUCAAUAAUAAGUCAAAUAGUUUACGGGUAGUUGAAGAUGUUCUACGUCAGAAAGUUCUUAGCUCAAACGCCGGUACAGCCUCAGCUUCAACAUCUUGA